CACGAAAUAAACAAUUGAACAUAUUUUUAUUUGAGACGUUAAAGUAUAGUUUUAAUAUUGUGCAUUUUAUUAAACUAAGUAAAAUUAUGGCAACGGAUAAAAUAUGUAAAUUUUUAUGUAUCGAUCUCUGUGACUUGGUAAACUAUUUGUUCCAUGACGAUGAUGAACCAGAAAGCGUUGAAAAGAAGAAUGAAACAACAGCUGGCGGACAUAAUUAUCCACCUCGUCUCAUCACCUACGAUGCUGAGGAACUUGGGGAACCGCGUCUCAUACGCUUCUCGGAUCUAAAUGAGAACUUGGUGGAACUCUUGAUGUCGCAGAGCGAAGAAGAAGAAAGAGAGGAAAAAAACUGUCAGGUGAAGAAGAAAAAGUCCCAGGUGAAGGUCCACAAGGAAGAGUGUGACCAGGAUAAGGAGGAUGACUGUCAGAUGAAAUGCGAAAUGAGAAGCCAAAAGAAUCGAACCAGGCAAACAAAGUGCAAAACCGUUCAAAAGAAACCUCGGAAGGCAGCCUGCAAAUCGCCUCGCAGAGAGUGCAAACCAAAAAUCGAAUGCGACGUGGAUAAUGAGUUGGAGACACGCAAAUGGAAGGAACAACUGAAGUGGGCGCAGCUCAAUAAACUACUAACCGAUGCCUUUGCAGCUCUAUGUCCAGGCGAGCAACUUAGUAAGAAAAAUCUCAAGUUUCUAGAGACCUCCGCCAAGAGAAUUCACACACGUUUUAUCAACUCACAAACUGCGAAAGAAAAAGCUUUGCCACCGGGACUGAAAGUGUGGGAAUGUCUGCAGCCAAUGCAAAAGUUUCGCUACUAUUGGGAGGCACUGACCAAAAAUAAAUUGCAACCGUCGCCGUAUGCAAAUUUUCGUGAGGUGUUCAUCAAGCGAUAUCGUCGCACUUACGGCGAUACUCACAACUUGCACUCGAAGGUUUUUCACUGUUGGCGAAUGCAGAAGUGCAAUGAACAAUUGCCGUUCAUAUUGAAUGCGUUGCUAUAUCAAAUCAGCAUCGGAACAGUCGAUCCCUAUGAUUCCUCUUCGAUACGUGGGCUCAUAAAUUUGUGGAGCCGGCAGCCGAUGCCCGUGAGGGGCAAGGGCAGCAUUGAUAAGUGCUUGUCUGGCUGCUUUGAAUAAAUUUUUUUGGAUUUUGAUUUUAA